AUGGCUAUUGACCACGCGGUUUUUGUCGUCUUUGGCGCUUCUGGUGACCUCGCCAAAAAGAAAACUUUCCCUGCCCUCUUUGGCCUUUAUCGUCAAGAUGAACUUCCUAAAACCACCAAGAUCUUUGGCUAUGCCAGAUCCAAAUUGACUAACGAAGAAUUCCACGAUAAGUUCAGAUCGAACUUGAAACUCUUGAAUGACUCCCAGCAACCUAAAAUCGACCAAUUCCUCGGUAUCACCGAAUAUUUCAACGGCUCCUACGACGAUCCUGAAGCUUACAAGAGACUCGAGCUCGCCAUCCAACAAUUCGAAAAAUCCCAGAGCAUCGCCACCCCAAACAGAAUCUACUACUUGGCCCUUCCUCCAUCGGUGUUUGCCACGGUCGCCGCUAACCUCAAGAAAUACAACCACAAUGGUAAAGUCAAAUUGAUUGUCGAAAAACCAUUUGGCCACGAUUUACCAAGCGCCAAAGAAUUACAAGCCCAAUUGGCGCCCCUUUUCUCCGAAGACGAACUUUUCAGAAUCGAUCAUUAUCUCGGAAAAGAAUUGGUGAAAAACCUUCUUGUGUUACGUUUCGGUAACGAGAUUUUCAACGCCAGUUGGAAUAAAAACCAUAUCCAAUCGAUCCAAAUCUCGUUCAAAGAACCGUUCGGUACCGAAGGGCGUGGCGGAUACUUUGAUUCCAUCGGGAUCAUCCGUGAUGUUAUUCAAAACCAUUUACUUCAAGUGUUAACCUUGUUGACCAUGGAACGUCCAACCAAUUUCAAACCAGAAUCGAUCCGUGAUGAAAAAGUCAAGGUACUUAAGGCGUUUGCCCCAAUCGAUCAAAACGAUAUCCUUGUCGGUCAAUACGUUGCUUCCCGCGAUGGGUCCAAACCAGGGUACUUGGAUGACUCUACCGUUAACCCUGAUUCCAAAUGUAUCACUUAUGCUGCCAUUGGUCUCAAGAUCGAAAACGAACGUUGGGACGGGGUGCCAAUUGUUGUCCGUGCUGGUAAAGCCCUUAAUGAAUCUAAAGUCGAAGUGCGUAUUCAAUUCAAACAGGUUGCCAAAGGGGUGUUCAACUCAAUUCAAAAGAAUGAAUUGGUGCUUCGUAUCCAACCAAAGCCAGCGGUGUACCUCAAGCUCAAUUCCAAGAUCCCUGGGUUAUCCAACAAGUUUUCCAUCACCGAUUUGGAUCUCACUUAUGGGUCUCGUUACAAUGAUUUCUGGAUUCCUGAAGCUUACGAAUCGCUUAUCAGAGACGCUCUCCAUGACGAACACUCCAAUUUCGUUAGAGAUGACGAAUUGGAACUUUCUUGGGGAUUGUUUACUCCGUUGUUGAAUUAUUUGGAAGGCCCUAAUGCCCCAACCCCACUUGGUUACCAUUACGGUGAUAGAGGGGUUCCAGGUUUGGAACAAUUCUUGGCUAAGCAUGGGUAUGAGAUCCAAGAUAGGGAUGCUUACCAAUGGCCAGUCACUAGACCAGAUAUCCUUGAAAAAAUUUGA